AGCAGGUUUCUUUGCGUUUCUUUUCUUUCUCGCUGUCCGCCUUCAUGCUACGGACUGCAUGACAGUGAUCGUAGGAGACCAGGUUGAAUUUCCUAAGAACUGCGAGCCGGGUGAGACGGGGACGCUGCUGCGGGACUUGGAUGAAGGACCCCGGCAGGUCGCAACUUACCAGAGCGGUCAGUGGACAGCGAGCAGAGAGUACAGAGACCGGAUGAAGAGCAACUUAUCAAAGAUCGUUCUCACUGGCGUGCGGUUCACCGAUGGAGGACUCUAUAAAGUGACCUGCUCCAAGUCUGGCACCAAGCGCGUCCAGCUGGAGGUCGUUUUUGCUGUUGAAAGGUCCGUGACCCGAGAUGAUAACGUGACGCUCCCGUGUUACAUUAAAACCAUCGUGGGAACUGGCUUAACUGGUUGGUGGGAGAAAAACGGGAAAGUGUGUUUGAAGAACUCCAUUCCUGAAGAAUGCAGCGGGACACCUGCUGACAGACUGACUGUGUCCACUGACUGGAUCACUAACAGAGAUCAUUCUCUGACUAUUGAGGGGGUUCAGCCUGAGGAUGGAGGGGAUUAUUUCUGCUACAUCCAAGAUGGGAAACAAUCUAAAUCUGGAACUCCUGCUGCUGUUAAACUGACCGUCACUGAGAAAAUGACUCAUCAGAUGAUCAACAACAGCACAGCAGCACCAGAUCAAACCCAGAGUUGUGCCGAACUCACUCAGCCUUGGCAGAUCUCCACUGGGGUUCUCGCUGCGAUCCUGCUGCUUGUUGCUCUUUAUUAUUUGUGGCGCUGUGCCAAAAACCGCUGUGAUUCUGGAAAACUCUACGAGCUGGUACACAGAAGCUGCCAUGCAUCCAACUCUGGCGAAGCUACAACAGGUGUUUAAAUAGAUCGGAUUAUUUAUUUUAUUUAUCAUCGAAGCUCAUAAAUCCUGUUCAUUUUUUGUAAGCAUUUCUAAAUAAAUCUAUAAACCAUGUAGUUUGGAUGUGGAUCUUUUUUAUAUUUGUAAAGCUGUCAGCUCUUAGACAAAACUGUGGCUCCUCACAAUUUCAUAUCCUGUCCUGAUGUU